CUGAGGACAAUCUGGACAAAAGGUGAAGUGGGCUAUCAGCAAUCUCGCUUUGACCCACCUAUUUCUACAGUCUACCAGCAUCCUGAAAUUUCCGUGCCACAGUACUCGAUUCCUACACGAUAACGAAUCCUAAAUUUUAAAAGUUAAAUUAAUUAAAUUCCUCUACUUAAUAGUAACUUUUCACACACACAGCUUUCUUCUUUACAAAAGUCUCUCAUUCAUACUUGACAACACAAAGUCCAUUACGUUCGUUACAAGUCAAGAUGGUCAACGCACUCCAAAUCCUCUUCCCCCUCUACCUCUAUCCUACCCCUGGUGCGUGGGAUCCACUUUACAGCAGCAUCACUGCACAUCCCAACGUCGAGUUCAAUGUUAUCAUCAACCCAAAUUCCGGACCGGGAACCUCACUCGAUGCUAGCUACACUGAGUCUAUUGCCAAACUCAACAGCUACAACAAUACCAAGCUCUUCGGAUAUGUCCGUACCGAUUACACGAAUCAGCCUUAUGCCCAGGUCACUGCUGACGUUUCUACUUAUGCAAACUGGCCAAAAACUACCCCUGCCGAUGUUCACAGUGAGUGCCCCGCCGCUGGAAGUAAAUUCUUUUCAGAGAAAUCCAGAGAGGUUCUUGAACCAAGCCCUUAAAGCGAUAUACUGACCCCUAAAUCUCAGUGGAUGGCAUCUUCUUCGACGAGGCAGUUCAAUUCAUCAACCAAGCCAGCGGUGACUAUAUGAGAGGCAUUACCAACUUUGCCAAAAGUGCUUUCAACAACAAUGCCGCGGUCAUUUUCAACCCUGGUACCAACACUUCUCCUGAAUUCUACGACAUUGCAGACAUCAUUGUUCCUGUCGAGGCUGCCUAUAGCUCAUAUUCUGCUCAAACCACUGCUGGAAUCCCGGCGGCAGAGAGAAGCAAGGCUGCGGUUCUAUUGCAUCAUUUUACGGGCUCAUUGACCGAUCAGAAAAAUGUGGUGAAUGCGAUGGCUAACUCUGGGGUGGGUUAUCUCUUUCUGACGGAUCAGGAGUACAAUUCUUUCUCUUCUAUCUACAGUCAGUUUGCUGCUGAUGUUGCGAGUACUCCUCGUUGAAAAGUGUUUGAGGUGCAGGAGACCUAUUUCAAUGUACAUUACAAUCUUGAGAGUUACUUGGUGAUUGGGCGUCGAUAUUUUGGGGACUGUUGCACAGCUUCAAAUGCAAUUUCACUUCGAAAUUUCGAAUGAAAAGAAUAUGACUCGACGGAACUUUCGCGGUGAUUUGGAACUGUGUCAUUUCUCUUUUAGGGGUGAUCUCUCGCCAAGACUUUCCCAUUCGGUUCAUUAUUAUAACAUAACAGCAAGGCUAUCAGAUCGUCUUUAGCUUGGUCGGCAUGAAGAAGUAAGUGCAAAAGUGCUAGCCACUGCUGCACUACGGACACACUCCCGACUGCAGUUUUACGGUUCAGAAGUGAGAUAACGAAAAGAAAGGUCAAAUAAGAAAUUGUAUUACUUGGGGGAAUAUGAAGAAGGAUGACCUGUCGAUUUUCGCAAACUCGCUUAGCGAUGAGUCCUCGUACAGUAUGUACUGUGCCGCAGGGCGGCAUGUUGGUGAUGUUGGUGACUCAAUUCCCCACUAACUUCAGGGACAUCCCACUGUAAGCCUCUCUUCAACCUAAAUCCAUUUGAUGGUAAAGUGCCUCGACCUUUUCCCAAUACAUAAUACCUCAAACUCUCUUCUAUCACACGGAAGAGUCCCACAGACUCCCACUUCACCAACAAUGGCGACUCAAGAGCCCUCCAAGCUCACAACAACAUGCCACUGCAAGACUAUCCGUCUCACCUUCCCAACACCCUCCAAGCCUCUCAACAAAUGUCUCUGCUCAAUCUGUCACCGCUACGGCGCUUUAUGGGCAUACUAUCCCGUCGACGAAGUGAAGUUCGAAGUCGAUGGUAAAUCCGCUGAACCAAGAGACGCGACCGAUUUCUACACCUGGAGCGGUAAGAGACUUGAGUUCCAUCGGUGUAAGAAAUGUGGAAGUGUGAUGUAUUGGAUUGGAGCUCAGGGACAGUGUGAGAAGAUGGGAGUCAAUUGCCGGAUGCUUGAGAGGAGUGAUUUGGACGGCUUGGAAUUUAAAGAAACGCAAAAGUAAUGGUUAUCAUGAUUGUGAAGGUGUGGGGUUCGAGGAUUUUGAAAGGAUCAAGUGGCACAGGAUAUGGCAGGACAUUCUAAAAUUUGGUGGGGCUUGCGAAGAAGAGUUAAAUUAUGAGUGAAGGGGGUCAAAACGUUCAAUUCCGGUCUAAGGUUUCUCUUCUGGCGAGUGGGUAUUUCCUUGAGCAGGAUUACGAGCUCUGUUUGUAAUCAUGAGGUUCAUUAGGUUCGCAUGAUAUGAAAUUUAAUGAAUUCUCAUAAUAACUUUACCAGACCAG